UUUUAUGUAGAUGUGCAGUUCCUUUACCGACCAACAGGGUCCAAAUCCAGACCUUUAGUUCCUUUACCGACCACUGGGGUCCUGAUCCAGACCUGCGGUUCCUCUACCGGCCAGGACACCCCAGCUAAUGCCGCCUCUAGACUGGCCGGACCCCUCCAGAUAGACCAACCUGAGGGGACUGCUAGGCUAUGGUCCGUUAGCCAUGCGUAGGCUGAUCAAGGAUCCCAGUGGAGGUCGGCGGGAGCAGGCCUCGUUCCAAAUGCUUUGGUACCGACAUGGACUGAGCAGAAGUUAAACAAAGCUAAAACCGCUCAGCCGUGGUGACUGAGGUCACAUCAGUCCAGUUAGAGAACUGGUGGUUUUCACACCAACAGCUCAGGAGAACAGAGUCUGUGUCAGCCUUUUGAGGGAGCGUUUUUCCCAGAUGUAGGAGGUCGGAGACGAGAAAUGGAAGAAUCAGAUGGGAGGAGAAAACAACGACAGUACCUGAAGCAUUCAGUGCGUCACCUUUAAAGAGGAACAUCUGCAAUAAAAAUAAACACGUCUUACUAAGUGGAGGGGGAAGGAUGCAAAUUUCCAGACUGAUGGCUGCAGGUGGGCUUGAGUACAGCAGGUGGCAGGAUCACCAGCUCUGAGGACUCUCUCCAAGGCAGAGCUGUGGCUGGUUCCAUCCCCAACUCCUUCAGUGUUGAAGACCUGGCCAAGAUAUUUCAGGGUUCACGGGUCAAUGACCAGGAGGGAGUAUUUCAGGUGUGACAAACUGACUACACAGUUCAUUACUUUCUGUCUUUGGUCUCAUGUUUCAUCAGUUAAAAACAGAAAAGAGGCAGCCCAUUAAUAGUGGGAGGAGCCGGACGCCCCACCCCUGUGGUUCCUACUGGGAGGAAGGAGCCCUCUGACACAGAGCAGCACUUCAGCCUAUGAAGUUCACAUCACAGCUUCGGAGCAUCAGAGAUCCUGCCUGAAGAGAGCUCCCACUCUGUCUCUCUUCUCGAGUCCGGGAUGUCAGAUUAUUUACCGUCAUCUGAUUGGUCCUGGGCUGCAGAAACGUCACGCGGCUGCAACAUGAAGCUUGGCACCGCCCCCUCAGACAUUCUCCUCCAAUCACCAUGCUCGUCCAGUGAAGCCCACCCCCAUCUGCUCAGUCACUCCUCCUGUUUGGAUGACCUCACCUGUCAGUCACCGGCGCUGACUCCACCCCUAAAAAACCACUCCUCCUCAGAACCUGGGGGGAACCGUUUGUAUAGGAACCCGUUGACUCCGACCUCCCCCUUGUCAUGUGACUGGGCAUCACCUUACAGUCCGGCCUGGGGCUGCAGGCGGGAACCAGAGCUGCGUGAGUGUGUGAGCUGCAGAACGAGCACCGCCCCCUUGUGGACGAGAGACGACGCAGGUCAACACCUGUGCAACACCUGCAGCUUCCAGGUGCAUCGACAGGUGCACGACGACGCCCCGCUGCUAAGAGCCAAGAGAAAAACUACGUCGACCAAAAGAGGUCGGUGUGUGAACUGUGAGACGGAAACCACCACGCUGUGGAGGAGGAACGCCGCGGGAGAACGGGUCUGCAACGCCUGCGGCCUGUACUACAGACUGCACCAGGUCCAGCGGCCGCUCAUCCUGAAGAAAGAAGGGAUCCAAACCAGAAACCGUAAAGUGAUCAAUAAGAAGAAGAGAGCUGGCCAAUCACAGAGCAGCCUGUCCAGCCUGGCCCCUCCCACUGAAGAGCCCACCUACUCCUCCUUCAGGCAGCUUUCCUCCCUUUCCUCUUCAUCUUCAUCUUCCUCCUCCUCGCACUCUCUUCAGCUCUGCCCGUUUUGGUGAACUGGUUUUACUGGGAGUUCUGAAUCCACAGGAGUACUUGGUUUCUGUUCUGAGAUUUACUGGAACUUUCUUCAAGAUGCUUUUUUCAAGACGACAUCGGGAUGAGUUUUGUGUUUCAGUUCUGGUUCUGGUUUCUCUUCCCCAGCUGCACCUUCAGCUGUCGUUUUCCACCAUUUGUUUGACGCGUCUUCACCAGAAUUUAACAAACAA